UUGGAAUCAUGGGUCUAAUGAUGCUAAAAUAGUAUAGUCAUUUUGCAUGGGAAAUAUGAGAAUUUCCGAAAGUACCCUUGCGAUGAGAUUCUUAUUUAAAGCCCCACAUUGCGUAAGCCUAGUCCCUCACAUUAUUUUCUUCAAUGGAAGAACAUCUCAAAGAACUGCAGCUACUAUCCAGUACUAAUCCACACACUGCACCUUCUUCAUCACAGGCUUCAUCCUGGCCGUUGGAUUCGUCGACUAAAUUCCGAUCACGGGAUCACUUCGAUGGUCCAUCACUAGACCUUCAGUUGUCAGUAAGUGUCAACCCACUCAAGCCACCAUCAGAUUGUGUUGUAAUAAGAAGAGUUAAAGAUUACAGUGACGUGAAGAAGUUUGAUUCUAGCAAUAUUGAGGCCUUGAAAUGGCAUGCGGCUGAGCAAAUUCAACUGGCGGCAACGGAGAAGGCUUACGCAGAGCGUGUGAGGGAGCUUUCGAGAAGAGAAAUGGAGAUGGCCGAGUCUGAAUUUGCUCGUGCUCGGGCCCUAUGGGAACGAGCACGAGAAGAGGUUGAGAAGGCAGAGAAAAUGAAGGAAAAGGCCGUUGGAAAGAUGGAUUCAAGAUGCUUGGAAAUCACUUGCCAAUCUUGUAGACAAAAGUUUCUACCUUAAAAAAUGCUAACUACAACUUUUGAGUCCAUAUAGUGAGUUGAAGUUUGUUCAACUUCACGUGAUGAGUUUGAAGUAUUUGAUUCCCCUUUCACAGAAUGAACAAUAAUCUAGACUUGGAAUUGCAAAUCUGUAAAAUGAGAAAAAUGGGUUGAACAAAUGAUUGUGUUUUCUCUAUAGG